AUGUCUAUCGAAAUGACCGAGGAGUCCACGCUCGUCAUGAACACGAUCCGCGAGGCAAUGGACACGGCGUUCCGGAGAGAGCGCAUCGAAUCGGCGCGGUACAUGGCAAUCUACACGUGAGUUCCCCUCUGCCAAUCAACACAAAAAGCAACGUUCUCUGUGCAGAACCGCGUACACCUAUGUGGCCACGGGAGUCUGUUUGAAAGUGGACGGCGACGGCGGCGAUAAGAAGGCGCGGCACAUGUACGACACGGUCAUCAACCACAUGACCGACUACGUGCGGACCAUUCUGGAUAAAGGCGUCGAGUUGAGCGGCGAGGUUUUGCUCGAAUUCUACACGAUCGAAUGGAAGAACUACCGAUUCUCGACGGUGGUGAUCGACGGAAUGCUCGCAUACCUCAACCGUCACUGGGCCCAUCGAAAGAUUGACGAGAAAGAUACGGAAGUGUGCGUUCUGUACAAGUUGGCCAUCAUCAUCUGGAAGCGAGAAAUGUUCGAUGUCCUCGAGACGAAGCUGAUCUCGGCGGUGCUGGAUCUGAUCAAAGCCGAGCGCAACGGCCAGAUCAUCAAAACCAACUACAUAUCCGGACUGAUUGCAUGUCUUCGGGAGAUGGGAAUCGAGGGCGAAAACAGGAAGACGAACAAGGAGAAGAAGUUGGACGUGUACAAAGCGUCGUUCGAGGUGCCCUUCAUCGAGGCCACCGCAGAAUUCUACGAUAACGAAGCGAGACAGUUCUUGAGAAACGGAGGAAGUGUGUCGGACUAUAUGAAGAAAGUGGAGAAGCGACUGGAGGAGGAGUACAACCGGGUCCAAUUGUACCUUCACACGAGCACAAAGACCCCGCUGAUCGCCAAAUGCACAGCUGUGCUCAUCGCGGACCGUCUGCCCGUCUUCGAAGAGCAGCUCGCAGCGUUUCUCGUGGCCCACGUGGCCCACGACGACCUCAGCAGGAUGUACCUGUUGUGCAGCGAAGUGGAAAACGGAACGGACGGACUCAGAGACGCCCUCGAGAGGUUUGUGCUCAAGGAAGGGCUGACGGCAAUGGAGGAGGUGGCUGAGAAGGCGAUAGCGGAUCCCAAACUCUAUGUGCACACGCUCUUGGUCGUGUACAAGAGAUACUGGCGGAUCGUGAAGGACGCGUUCAAUAAUGAUGCCGGAUUCUUAAAAUCGCUCGACAAGGCGACCGCCAAGUUCUGCAACUCCAACGCGGUCACCGAACGUACACCUCUUGCGCAGAAAUACACAAAGACCGCGGAGCUACUGGCCAGAUACGUCGACUCAUUUCUGCGAAAGAGCAGCAAGAAUCCGGAGGAGUGGGAGCUUGAGGAGCUAUUGAACGACUCGGUUAGUAUUAUGAGUACUCGUUGAGGUUACAACUAUCAAUUUCAGAUCUCGGUCUUCAAAUUCGUCGAGGACAAAGAUGUGUUCUUGCGGUACCACACGCGGCUGUUCAGCAAACGGCUCAUCGGCGGCGUCUCGGCCAGCGACGAAGCCGAACAGAUCUUUAUCUCGAAGCUCAAAGAUCUGUGCGGCUUCCAAUACACAAUGCGGCUCUCGAAUAUGGUCUCCGACGUUCAAGUCAGCAGGGAUCUCGCGGGCGACUACAAGGAGAAGCGGGCGGCCGAGCAGAAGGAUGGAAGCAAGUCUACGGAUCUGGCGGUUCUGGUUCUGAGCACUGCGCAGUGGCCAGUGUUCCCCAUGACUAAUGUCGAUCUUCCGAGGGAAUUGUCAAGCAGUCUCGAGGCAUUCACCGAGUUUUACAACACAAAGUUUUCCGGACGGAAGCUCACGUGGGUGUACUCACAGUCGAAGGGAGAAGUCCACUGCAACGCGUUCUCGAAGAAGUUCGUCUUCGCCGUAAGUUCUCAUUCUUCUAUUGUCUAUGACUGGAAAUUCUGAAAUUCCAGGCCACAGCCGCUCAAAUGUCCACGCUUCUCCUCUUCAACACGAACAAUGCCUACACCUUCAACGAGAUCAGCGAGGCGACAAAGAUGGACGCAAAGACAACGGCGGUCAUUGUGGGAUCACUCGUCAAGUUCCAGGUCUUGACGUCCGAUGUUCCGCUCCAGGGAGACGAAGCUCCCAACACGGCCACCGUCAGUUUCAACAAGAAGUACUCGAGCAAGAAGGUCCGAGUGGAUCUCACGAGGUUCUCUGUAAAGGUCGAGGCGGUCAAGGAUCAGGAGACGGUUGAAAGGACGCUCGAGGCGGACAGAAAGCAUGAGAUCGACGUGAGUUUAAUCACAAACACUCCGAUCCAAAGCUAUUCCAUUUGCAGGCUUGCAUUGUGCGCAUUAUGAAGAUGCGGAAGACGUGCUCGCAUCAGACGCUGAUGUCGGAAGUGAUCUCCCAACUGUCGUCCCGAUUCAAACCGCAAGUCGAGAAGAUCAAGAAGUGCAUUGGAUCGCUUAUCGACAAGGAUUACAUGAAGAGGAAAGAUAAUGAGAGGGACCAAUACGAGUACAUUGUCUAA